AUGGAACAGAUAUCGCAGAUAGGGAGGGGUGGGUUCGGAGAGGUAUAUCAAGUUAAGCAUAUAACUGACUGUCAGGUCUACGCGGUUAAAAUUGUAAAGUUCCUUGAUACAUAUGACGAUCACAAGAGGAAAGAAAUAUUAAAAGAGGUACAAAAACUGUUAGAAUGUGUAAAGUAUUUACACGACUCGUGUCCACCGGUUAUCCAUCGGGACCUCAAACCGUCAAAUGUAUUGAUUUCACAAAAUAGUAAUAAUAAUCGUUUCAUAAAACUUUGUGACUUCGGUUCCGCCACUUAUCACGAAAUGACAUCUCAGAGACAUACCUCUAAUGUCGGGACUUCACAAUAUAUGGCACCAGAAACAAUCGGCCGACCAGUGGUCGAGUUAUCGACGACUAUAACCAGUGGUCAGUCGGCAGACAAAUAA